AUGAAAUUGAACAACGCCGCCUUCCUUGUCUUCCUGACAACCCUCCAAUCGUCUUUUGCAAAUGCACUUCCAUCAGAAGUAAACUUACGCCGCAGAGACGAUUCGAAGAAUGUCACCCAGCUGCAGAUCAUCCCGGACGUUGACUUUAACUUCAACGUCAUGGCGACCUUGGCCACAGCUCCCUACCAGGGAGCAGACAUCGGAGAGAUUCUCGUCGCGGCAAGUCAGAUUAAGACGGGAGAUUUCGAAAGCUACCAUCAAGCGUACUACGACCUUGCGACUCGUGUUCACAAUCAGGCAAAGGCAAUCGACUGCAAGAAGCAUCCCGUUUCUGCGCGAAAUGCGUACUUUAGGGCCUCGACCUAUUAUCGUUCCGCUGAUGCAUUCUUGCACCGAAACUGGAGUGAUCCUAGAAUCAUGUCACUUUGGAAGCAGCAGAUCGACGCUUUCGAUAAAGCAAUGCAGCUCCUUCCCGUUCCCGGCAAGCGUAUUGAGCUACAGUCUGACAAUUUUACUGUCCCUGCUAUCUUCUUCAAGACGGACAAGCCUGGCCGCCGUCCUACUGUCAUCUUGGGUACCGGAUAUGAUGGCUCCAUGGAAGACCUGUAUCAUACCAUGGGUGAGGCUUUGCUACAACGAGGCAUGAAUGCUAUCGUGUAUGAGGGACCAGGCCAGCCAACUGUCCGUCGGUACCAGGACCUUGGAUUCAUUCCCGAGUGGGAAAAAGUCGUCACACCGAUUGUUGAUUAUGCGCUUUCUCGAAAGGAUGUCGACGGUGGUAAGCUUGGGCUUAUGGGAUUCUCGUUUGGAGGAAUCCUUGCGUCUCGUGCCGCAGCCUUUGAGCAUCGUCUAGCAGCAGUGAUUGCCCUCGACGGGGUCUUCGAUUUCGGCCAAGCAAUGUUCAAGCAAUUCGGGCCUGAAAUCACCGAGCUAUUCAAAGCUGGCAAGAAGAAGGAGAUUGAUGAAGCGGUCGCUUUGGUGCAGAACAACGCGAGCAUGUCCUCGACUCUGCGAUGGGGUAUCGAUCAGGGAGAGUGGUCGUUCAAGACUCAUUCGCCGUACACCUUGCUAGAGAAAGCCCAAGGGUUCACGAUGAAGGGUAUCGUGGAUAAGGUCAAGGCGCCUGUUUUUGUUGGAGAUGGUCAGAAUGAUAUGUUCUUUCCUGGGCAGGCGAAGGAGUUGACGAAGCAGCUUGGAAGUCGGGCAACGUAUCACCUCUUUGAGACGGCUUCGGGGGCUGGGCUUCAUUGUCAGGUUGGUGGUUACGUGCUGAUGAAUCAGGUUUCGCUUGAUUGGCUUGAGGAAGUUUUCGCGAAUCAGACCAUGCACAACUGA